GAGUGAGCCAACAAACCCGAGUGUUGGUGCAGGUCUGUGAAGUCAGAGCAACAUGAGAGUGCAGAGCUGGGUCUUCACGUGGUCGUCACUUGUGUUUUAUUGUGUGCUGAUGCUGAGCUGGGCUCUAAGGCCAGCAGGAGCACAAUUUUCCACAGCUUCCAAUGAUGUGAGGUUGGUUGGCAAAGGGAACCGUUGUGCCGGCGAGCUGAGGUUCAAGCACGAGGCAGAGUGGAGACAGCUGAGCAAACAGCGCACCUGGAGCCUGAAGGAGGCCGGCGUGGCGUGCAGACAGCUCGACUGCGGCUCUGCUGUUUCAGUCAAAAACGUCAGGCACCGGCCCAAAGUUCUGCGCGUCUGGAGCUUUUAUUCGGACUGCGACGGCUCUGAGCGAGCGCUCACGGACUGCGGAGCGGUGAAGAGGGGCAUCUCAGAUUUCACCACUGAGGUGAUCUGCUCAGGUGAGAACAGCACGGCAUUCGUUGUACACGUCCCUUCUUCCUCGUGGCGUUGGUCAUUUUGGCCCCUCCUCAUUUUGACGUGUCUGUCUCUAACAGAUGGUUCAGAUGUGAGUUUGGAUGACGGCGUUGUCAGAGGCAGAGAGGACUCCGCUGCCUGUGCUGGGAAGCUUCUCAUCAACGACGGGAACGAAACCAAACCGGUGAGCGCAGAGUCCACGGUCUGGGACCUGAACCACGCGGGCAUAGUGUGCAGACAGCUGGGCUGCGACAUGGCUGUUUCCACCAAAGCCGUCAACCUUCCCAACAAAACGCCGAUGUGGCGUUUUUUCUCUGACUGCCGUGGAUCCGAGUCUGCGCUGAUGCAGUGCGGAGCUGUGAAUCCACGGCUUUCCUCCUCGGUCAUUCAGGUGAACUGUGCAGGGCGCCGCACGUGAGAGCCGAGGACACAAGGCUGGACCAGCUCGACCGCAGAGGCGGCGACAGACGGAUGGAGCAUUCUGGGUCAUGGCUCAAAUUCUGGGUUUAAUAAGGAGAAAUAUCCGCCUAAGUUACCAAUAAAAAGAGCUCAUGAUAAAA